GACUUGACUUUACUUUACUUUACUUUACUCUACAUGAAAUGACAUAUCCUCUACCUUGAAUCCCCCUACCCUUCCUACAUUGCCAUUUUACCUUUUACCUUUUACCUUUUACCUUUUUCCUUUUUCCUUUUUCCUUUUUCCUUUUCCCUUUUCCCUUCUCCCUUCUCCCUUCUCCCUUUUCCCUUGGACCCUCUCCAACCCAACUCUUCCUUAAACCCCUCCCAAGGAAUUUCACUGCAUCUUCCAACCAACCCACCGUACAGUAAAUACGAUCCUAUACUAAACCACACCACACCACACCACACCAGCCUUCCGCCCUAGAUCCAAAUCAAAUCUACCAAAUCAGAUCAGUCCAAAUUAAUUCGGCCUCUCUGGCUCCCUUUCAGAAUCCAUUCCCGAUUCCUUUCUCCACAACAAAACCUUACCACCUUCUUCUAAACUCUUUACUCGUACCGUCACCUCUCAACACUUCAUAUCUCUUCGAAAGAUUAAACUCGUUUCCAUACUCACCUGCCUACGUACUUACCGCUACUGCUCGCUUUCGUCCCGUAAACGAGUUUCGCUACGAACUCCUAAGUACAGCAAGCCGAGGGAAUUUAUCGAAUCAAAUAAUUCUAGAGCGAUUUAAUUCAAAAGGACUUGAGUAAUUUCUAUUCAAUUAAAAUUUCCCAUUCACUUCAGGGCGGUGGUUAGAUAAGGUUUCAAAAAAAAAAGAACAUCAAAAUAAUCAACGCAGCGCGACCGUGUCAUAAUCAAUCCUAAUAUGGCACAGCAACACAAUAAUAGGAAUAGUCCGCACUUAAAUCAUCUGCAACAAAACGGUUCGGCGCCUUCUUCUCCAUCAAUGUCUGGCUCUCAACAAGGUUCUCAACGACAACCCGUUAAUUACCCAAGUCCAACUUCCUACCCGUCGCCUUCUUUGUCAACUUCACAAUAUAAUUACCCGCCACCAGGUAACCAAAACGAGCCAUAUCGUGCGAGUCCGACCGGAAGCAACGGCUCCCUCUCUCUUCCAAGUAUGCGUUCAUUAGAUCCUCUCCAGCAGCAGCAGCAACAACAGCAGCAAGCCGCACAACAUCAGCACAUGGGAUCACCUUUACCUCCACCAGUUGCGCAAAUGGGCGGCCCGUACUACCAAAAUCAACUCCCUCACCCAUCCCAUCAGCACCAAUACCCAAAUGUUACAUCUGAUCCAAACAUGCGAUACGCGCUCCCAGUGGAUUCUCGAGUCAUGAGUGGAGGUCGACACAAAAAGGUAUGUAGAAUUCGUAAAUCAUCGUUAUUAUCGUGUCAUCGCGUCAUUCGAGGUAUCGCAUCGUGCUAACAUAUUAUUUUUCCACCAGGAGAUCAAGCGUAGGACCAAGACGGGUUGUUUGACGUGCAGAAAGAGAAGAAUUAAGUGCGACGAACAACACCCUGCCUGCCGAAACUGUCAAAAGUCAAAACGUGAAUGUUUAGGUUACGAUCCCAUCUUCAAACAACAACCAGGUCCUGCCGCCAUACAACCAGCACCUAGCUCUGCACCUUCGCAAUCUUCAUCGAUCGCGACCGCAAAUCCUUACGGAAACCAACCGCAGAUGCUGCAGAGUGGUUACGGCGUUCCAGCUUCAAUGGCGUAUGAUCCUGCUCUGACUGCACCCAGUGCUGGUCAACAUUAUGACUAUUCAUCUGCAAUCGAUCCAAAUUUGGAAGCUGCUGCUCCAAUUCCGAUUGUCAGCACAUUUCACAAUGCUCCUCCAGCCCAAAGAUCUAUCGACGAUUUGCUAUUGUACGGCAACCCUCCUGCACCUGCCGAUCAAACAGUUCAAGAUGUUUCGCAGAACCCACAAGCACUCGAUGAAGCAAAGCAUCUCUACUACAGUAUCUACUCUCCUGGUCUAGAGAGUUUCCUCGAAUCAAAAUGGUUCAGUGCCAAAGGUGCUUCCAAACUCAUGAGCGACAAACCACUACUCGAAAAGUUUGGCACACUACUCCUCCAAUUCUCGAAAACAAUUGUCUCUGAUCCUAUCGCAAUCGCACAUACCGCCAGUGUUGAGGCAAAGGUUGUCUGGGCUUUGGCCUGUAUGGUCAAGCUUGGUGCAGAGGAUGCAAAGGAGGCCAAGGCUGAGACUAAGAGUGCGCUCCCUGCCCAGGAUGAUCCAAUCGAGGCGGAUCAUCGAUUGACAGUCUUUGAAUGUCUUUUGACGGGCAAAGUUGCUGAAAGUAACCAGCUCACUGCUCCUGUCCAAGGCAGUGGAGAUCACCACAGAUUGAGGGAACUCGAAUUCUGGUACACUUUGGCAAACUUUGUAUGUCUUCGAGAAGAUGAUCCCAAUUGUGUCAAGGACGUUGAUGAAACUCUGGGUACCCUGAGAAACCUCUUAGAUGGCCGAGAGAAUCGAGAUGUCUUGUAUUCAAUUGCCAUUAUUCGAGCCAUGGGACAGCGUGUUUCUGAGUAUACACCUAGCGACACUCCACUUCAUUUCGAUGAAAGUGAUAACCGCAGCAAGCUUCUUGUGGCAAAGAAGUUUGUUCAAGAUGAAGCAAGCGGUUCUGGUACCACGAAUGUUAUCCGAAGAUUGUGUGAGCUUGCUACACGUACAUGGACUACUCCAGCACCUCUUGUACCUGUCCCGAAAUAAUUCAACACAUCUUUCCACAACUCCCUUUCAACGAAUUUACUUUCUCCGGCGUCUCAGAAGCAUUGAUGUUAUUUUGCAAUCAAUACCAAAUGCAUUAAAAAUGGAUGGAUGGGUUCUUGCAGUCUCUUGCAAGUCUUUUGACGGCAGCCUUUUCUUUUUCUUUUCUCGACAGGUUAGCAACAGAUUUUGAAGAUUGUGGGAUCCAAAAACAAAACAGCUAGCAAGUGUUUGGGGGGAGAGUUUUUAAAACUAUCGUUUACUACACAUAAAGUACUCGAGCAACUGCUUUGGUGGUCAUCUCCAUGCAUGCAUGUAAUCUUAGGAACAAAUGGUAAAUCUGGGAAGGACUUUUCAAGAAUGUAUUUCCUUUAUUUCAUACGACUUUCUCUUCUCGUUCCUCUUUAAUUGGCUUCCUGAUAUCUCUCAAUAUUCAAUGGUUUCAUUGCAUUACGAGUAGGAUAAUAAGAUAGCAAUUUGAGCUGGGAAGAGUUGAUGGUUAGAUGUGGCAGGGCUAGGCAUGUGCUUACAUGUGCAUUACAAUCCAAAUCGAUGGACGGAUGGACUGAUGGACUGGUGCAAAUAAUGGACAUGUAAAGCAUGUAAGGACAAGAGCAGAAAGGGGAGGACAGAAAGCUUUAUUGCGCUAUGCUAAUUAGCUAUGGGGCCUUGAUUCUAUCACGAUGCAUUUCUCCUUUACCAAGAUUUCAGUCAUUGACCGAAUAGACGAGGAGCACUUUUCAAUUACUUUUGUUGCUUCGCUUUGUGAUGUGCCUUCUUUUUCCUUCUUUUUCUUUCUUUUUCCCUCCCAGGUGAUUUGAUGUCAGGUUUCUGUAUUGUAAUGUAAACUUGUAAUGAUGUUUAUGUAAUUGCUAUUAUUCUGUCUUGUUCUGAUCUUUUUACUUUAUACUUUGUCUUUUGUACUGUGUAUAUAUACCUAUGCAUGCAUGCACCCAGUGUUCCACAACAGUAAUAACACCGAUACAGUUCAUCCAUCGCAUCGCAUCGUUGAUCGGGCCGAUCCUCUCUCUUUCUCUGCAGCUUCUGUGGGGAUUUCGCUCUGUUGUCCAUGUUUGAGAUGAGGCUAUGUUCUUUCUUUCUUUCUCUCUUUCUAUCUUUCUUUUGUUUCUUAUUCGUUUAUCUCUCUAUUCUUUGAUCUGAUAUAUACUCUCGCGUGCGUUUGUUGGUUGGUUGGGGGAAUCGGGAAGCGGGAAUUUGGAAUUGGGUUUGGGAUUGCGAUUUGUGUACAGUGGGCAAUGGGCAAUGGGUAUGGGUAUGAUGUGCAUUUUUUGAGGUAUGUACUGGGUCGGCUGGUAUGUGGUUGGUGGAAAUGGUGGUAGGUAGAUGGUAGGAACGUAGAUAUACAUACAAAGCUAAGGAAAUACAGCAGGAGGUCAGAAGGCCCGAUAAGGAAGUCGUGGCUGUGCGGGUGGAUGAGAGGGCUGGUGAGAUGUGGUGAGGGGUGGUGAUGGAUGAGGGAGAGGGUUGGGGAUCUGGGACUUGGACUUGGGGGGGUUGGGGUUUGUGGGUUUGUGGGGUGUGAAGUGGAGGGAGAGUGGAUGGGUGUGUGGGUGUGGGUGGAGUUGGUAUAUAUAUAUUUACAUAUAUAAAUACUCAAGUAGUCAAUUAGAAACA